GAGAACAUUAGUAUGGGACUGGGGUAUCUAUUUAUAUGGUAAUUUAAAGCACAAGUUUGCUAAAAAAGACUGAGCGGAGGUCAGCGAUAACUGUUGUAAUACAGGUGCAGCAAUAAAGACUAGAAAGAAAAUAGGGCUAUAGAACACCCAGUUAAGACCCCUGUUGACCGCGGGAGCGUCCCAUACCUGCCAUGGAGACAGAGACCAGUGACAGGAAAGGCUUGACCACAGCCACUGGACCAUCAAACUUAGUCUUGUGGAUCAUCAUCAUCGUUUGCGCAACAAUCGCAUUCAUCGCACUCAUCAUCGCCGCUGUUGCGCUCUCAAGACCCGCCACCCCGAGUGUCGUCGUGCAGAGUGCAGGUGACUCCGUCAACGCUGCUGCCGGCUCCCAGACAGGAAGUGACGUCAUGAGUUCAACGAAGACGGUGGGCGGGGUUCCCAUACGACACGAUUUCCCGGGGAGAAUAUGGACCAUCGCCAUAGGACAUGAUUACGGGGCGCAUGAGUAUAUUGAUACGUCAGGUGUGUUGGCUGGUUUUCAUCAUGACCUUAUCGCAGCAGUGUGUGGUGCGGCUCAAAUGAAUUGCUAUACCAUCUGGGACCCUUACUCCAACUGCUGGAUGUCCGAGGCAGGUCAGAGGUCAUCUGGUGGGAAGGGUCUCCACGCCAAAUGGUAUGACGCCUGCACGGGAUGGUCAGCGAAUAUUGACAGAAUUGGCACGUUUUCCUUCUCCAACGCCUUCAGCCCCAAAUCCAGGUCGUUCUUCUACACCAAACCAGGGUCCAACUUUAAUGCCUUGGAUAUCAGGAACAAGAAGAUAGGGUUUCUGGACGGUUGGUCGGAAGAUGAGAAGUGUGUUGCCAGACAAAGCGCCAUACAGGGCAAGAUACUGGCCAAGAAUCAGAUAGUGUAUGUGACCGCCAUUAAGGAUAUGCUGGAUAUAGUCACAAACGGCACUGUAGAUGCCCUGUUCGCCGGAGAUCACUCAUUUGACCGUCACGUUGCCGCCGGAACGCUCGCCAAGUUGACAGGGUCCGAAUUUAGCUGUCGUCUGCGAGGAAACUCGAUGAUGACCAGAAAAGACAGUGCCUUCAUCAUGCACUGGAACACUGGUUUCCAAAAGAUCGUCUCCAGCGGGAAGUUCAAGAAGUUGUGUCAGCGAGCCAAUGACACACACGCCUCAGACGAGAGAGGAAGGGUAAAGUGCGUGGACACCUAGAGGCGCGAUAAAGUCACUGCUGGUAGCCAACUAAUCUGCACAGACUACGAAUAUAAGUGACUUUUUAUGUACAGACACAGGUGUGUCUGUACAUAUAGCCAUCACCUGCGUCUGUCGUCGUCGCCGUCGUCGCCGUCACCGUGCACUUUCACCGAUAAUACGAUAAGUGGAAACCGUUUACCUUUCGGUUUGAAACUUACAGAACUGAUGAAUAUUCAUAAAACGCAGGUUGAGUUCGAAAAUCAGCAUGAUCGGGCCAUUUUUUCAAAAGGAAUGCUGUUUUUUCUCUUAUUUUCAGCAUAUACGCAACAAAAAUAUCCCAAUUCCAUUCAAACUUUUAAUCUAGCUUUAUUAACAUGAUAUAAAUAACCCCAUUGAGUUUGAGGAUUAUAUGGCACUGUUAAUCAUCUAUAGCUUUAAUGUUGGCAUUGCACAAAACUAAUUUUCUCUUGUAAAUUUAUUUGCAAAAUUAAACACCAUUUACCUGCAUAAUUAUCACUGAUUCCUAAGUAUGUGGCACUGUUAAUUUAGACUUCAAAACUGUAUCUGGUAGAGAGCUAAACCUAUGGGAGUUUACAGGGAAAUCUUAACAUGUGUGUUUUAUGCAAUCUUAUUUAAUGACCACUUGAAACUUAAUUGGGUAAGUGACUUAAUAGCUCUGAACUAAGCUGGUGAUUACCCAAGGGACAAUUACAGACUGACCAAACUAAACGUAGUGAAUGACAAACUGCAGUGAUAUUAGUUUAUAUCCAUUUUUGACGCUUUAUUACACAAUACACAAUAACAGGUUUACCAUCAUUUUUAUAUAAUCAACUAACAAUAUUGUUAAAUGCAGAAAAUGUCCAAAUAACACUUUCACAUGUCUAAUUAGUUCAAUAAUGAGACUGUUAACAUGCCUAAGAAUCAAAUCUGAUGAAAAACUAUUACAUACACAAAAAGCGUAACUUCAUCAAAACUGAACUGAUCAAGCCGAUUUUCAAACUUAACCUGUAUUUUAGAAAGAUUGAUCACUUCAGUUAUUUUCAAGACACAAGGCUUAUCGGUUUUCCUAGAAAUGUGUUAUCAGUGUUGUAUAUAUGGCAACAAAAAAACAUAACUUUUGUAAAAAUGGCCUGAACAAGCUGA